CCUUCACUCCUUCACUGUUCGUCAGACACACGGAGAGCCCGGAGCUUAACGCGGUACAUUUGAGAACUAAUUCACCGGGAUUACUCUUCGUUAACCUCGGAUAUUACCCAUAUUCUUUCCCCUGAAAACACUCUUUCCAAGCCGAGGGUGGUCGAAGCUGAUAUAAGGUGAGAAACAUGAACACUUUAACUAAAAAAACAUCAGAAACUAAUGGUGUGUUUGUUCACUUAAACGCUUGAGGACAAUCUUUUGAAGGUUCCGCCGCUCUGCAUGUCAUUUAAAGAUAACACGACACACUUUUAUUUCAAUUUCUACUCAAUAUUGACUUUCCUACUUUAAUAUGACCGUAUGUUUUUAGCUAAAUUGAGCUUUAUUGUACAUUUUCCACCGUGCGCUCUUGGCUGUUGUUUCUCGUGUUGGAGGCUUUGUUUUUAACCGGAUUACUAUCUGAACCUCGAGUGUUUGUCUGCAUUUCUCUGCUGCUGGAAACUCCUUUUAUAAUCCCAGUUUUCUGGUGCCGUGAACUGCAGGAUACAGCUAGAAUCAGAAAACACCAGGCGUCAGCUGCUGACAAUACCCUCUGCUUUGCAAACGCAUCGUAUAGAGUGGAAGCUGGUGGUAGAAAAGAGCAUUAAAGGCUGUUUACAACUGCUGCCAUAUAGCCUGGUUUUCACACCUUAGCUGUGUUUCAAUCUAUAAUAGAAAUAUUAGAUCGAUAUAUUAUCAAUUAAACACUUUUCAAGCUCCAUGAGUGCAAGUCUAUCAUAAUCUCUGCAGCAUGAUCUGGUUUAUCUUUUGUUUCUUUAUUUUUUUGCUAUUUUUUUCUUCACUUUUAAGUAUUAAUAAUAAUAACUUUAGUUAUAUAGCACUUUUAAAAACAGAAGUUGUAAUGCAUCUGCACAUGGGAAUAAAAACAAAAUCUCAGUUAAAAACAAGGUCAGUUUCUUUUAUCAUAAGAAACCCAGACAGUACAAGAACCCUACAACACAAAAUGAGACCAUGAGGACCAAAAUAAAAACAUAAAAUAGGUAAGAAAAAGAAAUAUAAUUUUUUUUUAAAGUAGCCAACGUUAAUUAAAAAAAAACAUGCAUAAUGGUGCAGAUCAUGCUGUUUGCAUUGUACAGAAAAUGGAACAUCGUAAAACCCAGAUUUUACCUAAAUUCUUUAUAAAAUGAGUUAAGACCAGUAAAUGUAUUGCAAUAAUUUAGAUAGAAGGCCCACUGAUGCAUUUUGUUUUGCCAGAUAAUAAUAAUGAUAAUAACUUUAUUUUCAUGGCACCUUUAAAAACAGACAUUUACAAAGUGCUUUGAAAUGUAGUCAUAGAUCACAUGGAAAAAAGACAGAUAAAAAUAGAGCUCAGUUAAAACUGAAUUAAAGGCCAUUUUCAAUACAAGAACCAUGCAACAUAACAUGAGACCGUGAGGAGCAGAAUAAAAAUAUAAAAUAGGUAAGAAAAAGAAAAUGCAAUUAAAAGGGGGGUUGAAAGCUGGAAACAGGAUAGUAAAAAUAAAAGACAAUAUCCAUAAUGAUAAUAAAAUAAUAACAAGUAUACUGAUACUUAAAGUAACGAUAAGAUAGAGCAACAGAAAUCAGAAACAGAUACUCCUCAGUAUCGCCCUACAAGAUGGUUUUCUCGCAGAUACAUCCCCCCUGUAUAAGGGGUACCAGAGGCACGUGCACUAGGGUGAAUUGAAAGCAUAUGCACGUGUUCAACCUUUUACUCACAGGCAAUAAAAAAAGACUUCUCUGCAUGCCAUGUAAACCAACAUUACUGUCAUAAAAUGGAGAAAAAGUGUAGCCCUCUGCACAAAGAGCAGUGGAGCAGCUCUGAUCUUAGUCUAAUUACUUACAGCACACUGCCCUUGCAAGAAAAGCUGACUCAUGUAUUCCCUCCCCCCUUCUCUCUCUCUUUUUUUCUGUCAGGUCUCCGGUGACUGCAGCCCCAUGUCCUCAUGCACCAACCUUUGAAGUGAGGCCAGGAGUGUGAAUUGUUCACCAGCCAAACACACUGUCCUUCCUGCAAACCUCAAAGCGUCUCUAGACAGGAACGUGAGAAAAGGACCCAGGAAGCAAACAAUAUCCAAGGUUCAAAGAAUGACUUGCUGAAGGAAAGUGUUUAGUCCUGCGAGUCUUUGGAAGGAUUAUUCCACGUUUAAGGACCUCAACAUGGGAAAUCAAUUAACAGAAAUCGCCCCCAACACCCCCUUCCUCCCUAACUUCCAGUCAUUACACAUUGUGGUGAUCGGUUUGGACUCUGCUGGGAAAACAUCCCUCCUUUACAGACUCAAGCUGCAGGAGUUUGUCGAGACCAUCCCUACCAAAGGUUUCAACAUGGAGCGGAUUAAAGUGACUAUGGGAAACUCUAAAACCAACGCCACCAUGCUCCAGGUUUGGGAUGUAGGCGGUCAGGACAAACUGAGGCCCCUCUGGAAGUCAUACACCAGGAGGACAGAUGGACUAGUGUUUGUGGUGGAUGCAGCUGAGACAGAGCGCAUGGAGGAGGCAAAGGUGGAGCUCAACCGGAUCACCCGCUCAGCAGAGAACCAGGGGGUGCCGGUGCUGGUUCUGGCAAACAAACAAGACCUUGUCGGAGCCAUGUCUGCUUCAGAGGUGAUUACUUUAGCACAAAUACAUCACAUGAUCAGAUCAGGGGUUAUCAUUUUGCUCUCCACUUGUUUGUGUUUCAAUCAAAGUCACUGCUAGACGGCUAAAGAGAAUAGUGAGUCUGCUUUCUUAGAAGUCUAGACUUGCCCUUGAACCAAGUGAAGAGAUCUUCCAGGUACCCAAAGCUGGCUUUAAGUCAAACCUGAUUACCUGCUCAGGGCCUGGUGCGAUAAUCAGGCAAUAGUAGUAGGUAAUGUGGCCAACUUGGCGACUUAAUCAUUCGAUUAAGCAGCUUUCCUCCUUAACUCCUCUAAAGGUUCUCUAUUUGUUAAUCUGCAGUUGUUGACACCUCCACAGCCUAAUUUUUUUAGUCCAGAGGUUUCCACUCAGUUAGCACAGAUGCAGUAGACUGAGUGUCGGGCUGUGACUGAUAUCCCUCCCUGUGUCUCUGUUUUUCAGGUGGAGAAGGUGCUUGGUCUGCAUGAGCUGAGUUCAUCCACGCUGCACCACACGCAAGGCUGCUCAGCACUGGACGGUCAGGGGCUACAGCUGGGCCUGGAGAAACUGUACGAGAUGAUCCUGAAGAGGAAGAAAAUGCUCCGACAAAGCAGAAAGAAGAGAUGAGAGGGAGGAUCGUAGCAGUGCUUGGGACAGAGGUGACUUUUCAAACCACUUCUCGUCUGAGAUGCUUCUCAGCAGCCAAGUCCAGGACACUUUGAAACCAGAAGGAAGCUAGCCGAGUCGGGGUGUCAUCCCCGAAGUUCAAGUUUGGAAGUUUGAGCCAAAUGUUGAAACUUUUCCUCACCUUCCAGACAGACAUCAUGCUUCACUGGGAUGACUUUGCUUCUGAGCACUCUGCUCUUUCCUUAUCUCCCAAAGGAUCACAGCUGAGAGACAAACAACCUCCAAAGAGAGAGAGAUAGAGAGAGACAGAAAACCUGUGCAAUAUGAACACUUCCUGAUGCACUCACUCCAAUAUUGAAGGAUUUCUUUUCUAAGUGAACUGUCCAGUCAGCACAAACCUGCAGGCUCGACCUCAGCACACAACCUGUUCGUUUCACCAAGUUUAAAUGUCACUCUUGAAUCUUAAUCUUUAUGUUGCAUGAUGUUCAGCCAAUUUUUCUUCUUGUUUUUUUUUUUUGGCUUGAGGAUGUUAAGACAACACUUUUGGUGACCAAAAGAGGAGUAUUUUUAUUCUUGUGGGUUAGAAACAGUCCAGGAUCCAGCUCGGUUUGCUGCUGGGACUGUACAACACAACAGACAGACGGACGGACGCGCUGAGGCUGCUGAAUCCAGCCGUAGAUCGUUUAUCAUUCUUCACCAACGUUUUUUUGCUCGUCUCAGUUUGGUGUACUUUAGGGUUGGCUGAAUGGUUACUUCGUUGGUUGUUUGUUCAAAGAAAGCGUUUUUACCUUGUGCACAUUUUGCUUUGUAAGUGUCAAUGUAUGAAUAAAUUAUUGAGAAAGAUUUGGCAAUACUCACUUGAAA